AUGCAAUUGAAUACUGGAGAUGUCGCGGGUGAAUCUUGUCAUCAUGCUGAGCUGGCAAACAAGGGUAGUAAUGGUAAUCCAGAGUCAUUAGUAGAUGGGUCUCUUAUGGAAAAGGUUCUUCAAAGCUGUAGUUUACAGAUGAGAAAUAUGCAAAGAUCUUGGGAGGACUCACCAGAAGGCAAGAAAAUGCUACAAGUACGUAUGUCUCUUCCUGUAUUUCAAGAGAAAGAAAGACUCCUUCAAGCAAUUGCACAUAAUCAAGUUAUUAUCAUAUCUGGAGAGACUGGAUGUGGGACAGAAAGACUCCUUCAAGCAAUUGCACAGAAUCAAAUAGAAUCUGCUCGUAGGGCAUUCUGUAAUGUACUGUGUACACAACCACGGAGAAUCUUUGCCAUGGCUGUUGCAGAAAGAAUUUCUUCUGAAAGGGGAGGGCCUCUUGGUGAAUCAGUUGGCUAUAAAGUUCGAUUACAGGUCGAAUGCGAGAGGAAGGUGCAGCAACUUGAUUCAAGUUAUUUGGAGAUCGCAUGUGAAAGUUACGACUGUUUAAAGUUGGCUGCAUGCAUACGGUGGUUCCGUAGAUAUUGUUUCUUCUGGUCGUGGCUUGCAACAAAUGAACGAGUGAUGGGGACUCGGGAGGUGUAUGAAGAGAAGCUACGAACGGGGAAUCUAUACCACGAACCUACCAUUAAACCAGGUCUCGGUACCCCUCGCUGCCCUCGUUGUCUCUCUUCUUUGAAAUCAACCUCGGAUAAAGGAGAAUGGACUAUUACUCCAGUUCUACACGACGCCACUUCAGUAGCAGGCUGUGGUAUAGGUGGAAUGCUUAGUGCCUUUUAUGGUUUAAACACGGCCACACGGGAAUACCAUAUAUUCAGAAGCAUGUCAAGGGACCAAAAUGGCUUCCGUAACUUCCGUUUCUCAUCGGGAUUCCUCCAUUGCUUAUGUUUUCUGCUGCCAGUGCUGCAUUUGGAGGGUAUGGGCUUCCAAAUUUCACUCAACUCAGUGUUACAUCUUACUAUGCUUCUUCAAGUGCCUCACAUUACAGUAUUUCAUUAAUUCGAUAUAUUGAAGACACUUACACUUCUCGUUCUCAUCAACACAAGCGUCAAUGAUUAGUUGCAGCCUUUUAGGUGCACAUUGCUUGAUUUUUGGCUCUUAUAGUGCAAAUAGCUUAUAAAAUUUUGUUUAUUCAUCUACACUAAUUUUUAUGAGCAUCUCUUCAAUAGUUCAUAGUUGCUGAUAA